AUGGGGGCAGUUUUCGCGCCGAGAGAGGCGCCGCGCUAUGUCUCUCGCUUCGUCUGCCGCUACAAUGGGUGCGGCAAGGACUACGUGUCGAUGGACGGCGUGCGUGCCCACUGCAGGAAGGAGCACCCGGCCUGGCUGAACAGCCUUCCUGCCCGCAAGCCGUCCCUCUUCUGCGAGCAGAAGCAGGUCGAGAUCGAUAUUGCGACCUCCACCGCCGCCGACUCGAUGGCGCCGGUCCCAGACGAGUAUCUGCACGAGGGCGAGGGCGGCGCACUCUUCGUCAAGUUCAAGGUGGUGCAACAGAUGGUCCCCCCCGGGAUGCCCCCAGGCAUGCUGCCGAUGCAGCUCUUGGUCGCUCAGCAGCUGGGCAUGCCCGGGAUGGCGCAGCAGCAUGUCUUCGUCCCUCCAGGCAUGUUGCCGCCACAGCAACUGCAACCUGUCGUGCUGCCGCCUCAGCAGACGCCGACAGGGAUGCAGGCCGUCGCGGGUGGGAUCGCGCAGCAGCCGCCGGAGCAGCCGCCGCAGCCGUACACGGGCGCCUCGUACAUUGGCAUGCUACACGAGGCGCAGGAGACAUGGACGGGCAUCACAGGCCUACUCCGCCUGCGGGACACAACAUCCGAUGGGCGGACGACAAGUACAACCAUGCAGGCGAAGGAGGGCGUACUGACCUAA